AUGGACAUCGUGCCUCCAUCCUAUCAGUCGGCAACGACGAGAGAUGCGUGGUCUAUCAUUGCUCGCUAUAUCCCGUCCAGUGACUUAUGUGCGGCUGCCCUGGUAUGUCGAAGAUGGCAUGAACUCUUCAUGCCGUUUCUUUGGGGGGAUCCUGCCUCUCAUUUCGGGACCGAUAAUGAUGCUGUAUAUGUCGCUCUUACGAGAUUUAGGAGGACGUUGAAGUAUGCAAGCCUUGCAGUGCGCAUGCUAACACACACCCUUCACCUUCCACCGGCCCUGUCUGAGAUAUACGGAGGUCCGCGUCCAGAAUGGCUAAAGGAGGUCCUCCAUUAUCUCCCCAACCUACAGUCGCUGAUUGUAUCAAAACUGCCUUUCUUCGACCAUAAUGCGAUGAUGGCCCUGAAAGGUACAACCCGAAAUGAACAACAGGCCGAUACCGCUGUCUCCAAUGCAUACAACGUCCGCUUAUUACUUGCGGAUCGGGAGCCCAACACGACUUCGCAGGGUCUUGCGGAAGCACUGCUGAGAUUCCCAGAACUGGUGUACCUCGAUUUAUCAUACACAACACCGGCUCGGGAUCGUAUGGUUCUAUCCUCGUUAUCCCAACUGGAACACCUCCAGGUGUUGAAAUUGCGAGGUAUUGGUCUGAAGGAUAAUGAUGCGGAGUUCCUGGCCAAUGCUGUUGGAUUGCGAGUCCGGUUCUUGGACUUGCGCGAGAACAUGCUGACUGACAUGGCCGUGCGAUCUCUAUUACAAGCCUCGUUUCAAACCACGGGCGACGCUGGGAUAGGUUCAAGCGAAGGAGCUACAAACACUGGGACAUUUUGUGCUUUCCCCCAGUUGACGCCAUCGAUCUCGAACUCAAACUGGCUGAGCUCCUCAACCUUAGAUGAACAGUUCGUGAAAGCAUUGACGCAACCCCUGACGGGCCGUUCGUGGGUUGAGGGCCUAUCACAUAGUGGUAUCACGCACCUCUACAUAGCGGAUAACCAGAUUACGGUGGAAGGCGCUGCGAGCCUUCUAGCCUCGUCUAGGUUGCAUGUGCUCGACGUGGGUACAGUAGAUACCGUGGAGUCUCUCACUCGAAGACCGAGUUCCAUACCCUCACAAUCCCACGAAGGCUCCCAGAAACUUCCUGGAGCUGAAAAAUUGAUACCGAUUCUUGGGUCCGCAGCCAAGGAAAAUUUGACAUACCUGAGAGCUCACCAUGUCAUCUGCACAAAUGACAACCCAUACAAAGAAUCUGUUUCGCUGAACAAUUUCCUGCCCGAACUACCAGGCGACAGCGACAGCGACACUGACACCGCGGAAAGGCAAGCAGAUGUAGAGCUGGAUGCUGCGAAUGAGAUUCACGAACUCCCCGCUCAAGAGGCCCCGAUAUUUGAGCUCGAAGGGUCUCCACUUCCACCAUCAUCGGAGACGCCCGUGAAUGGACCUGGUCAGCCGACUAUCUACGAAGACGAACCAUUAACCUUGCGCCGACGCGGUUCGGCCUUUGCCCCGGAGGUCAUUGAGGGCGGACAGUUCCCCGAAGUUGCCAGAAUGGAUGUGCUAGGAAGUCCCAUAUCACCAACCGGAGUUCCUUGUGGGCUUUCAUUAUCCACCGCUUCAAACCCAGAAAUCAGUGCGGGACAGACCGGGACAAUUCCUCAAUGCAGUUCGCUCGUGUCAAUGGACGACCCUCGAGGCCAAAUGAUUCAACAGCUACUUUCCAAGAGACCCAAGAAUCAAUCGCUCCCACGACGUGAUCACAAAGACAACAGCUUUCCGUACUUGCAUCCCUCCCAUGUUCCUAAUCUAGAGACAUUGGUUCUGACCGAUGUUCCAUCCCACGUGCCUGCAAAUUCUCCCUACCUGAAGUCUCUAAUCCGAUUCAUCACUGCCUGCUCUAAUGAAGCGCUGCUGGCCACUCUUCAAGCAGGCUCUGACUACUCUCUCCCUCCAGGGCGGGAUCGUGUGAAGGCCGAGCAGGAACGAUCCCGGUCACUCUUUGCUUUACGGCGAUUGGUGCUCGAGAUCACUCCUACAGAGAAACUGACUGGUCCUGCCCAGCUGACCGCGUGGAAACCCGCUAGCUACCACAACGGGACGUCAAAGUCGACCACAGGAGACCGGGACCUUGAAAACCUGUGGACAGCAUCGAUGGAUGACUUCAGUUUCUUCGACGAGACCGAAUGUGGCAUUCCCGAGAACGACCCGGGCAAGUAUUUCCCGAUGGCAGCCCUCAACGAGAAGGUUACCUUGAUGCCCGAAGAUGACUCUGGGGAUUCCACACCCAUAUCCUCAUCUCCAGGCCUGCUUCAUCGCAACUCCUCGCUACCGAAGCACAUGCGACCCGACGUCACUAGCAGGAGCACAGCUGCUAAUGGUACACGUCCACCACAAGUCGAGGAGCCGGAAGUAGACCUGGUCGCCGAACUGGCCGCCUUCCGCCGGGCAAAGAAGGUGGAAUAUGAAGAAGUAGUACGGCGGGAUCGGAAACGGCGCAGCACGAUAGGGUCGGCGUCACUGCUCUCGCCUUCGACAUCAUCGGUUCGAUCCGUAUCCCCGUCGCCGAGUAUACGGUCCACCACAAUGGUCUCGACGGCUCAGUUGUCUAUGGCUCAUUUUGUGGAAGGGAAUUGGAAAGGAGAGGUGAAAAUCGUGCGAAAUGCCGCGCCUAAGGGCCGGAGCGGCGUGGUGGAUAUGUACGGGAAUUACUUCGAGAAGGGGUAUUUGUAUCCUUGA